AUGAGCAAUACAGGUUCAAAAAAUCCUGGAACAUCGCUUAAUCAAAAUGAACAGAGAUAUUCUCAAAAAUCGUUGGACAGUGACCAUAUUCUUUUCACUGGACUAGCUGAACACUCAGAUCCAUCAAACAAUUUACGUUCACAUUGUAGUUCAGAAAUGCCAGAUAUUACCAGAAAUGAAGUUUCAAAUUUUGUAAGCAGCUCGGAUUCUGCAUCUCAACAACAAGAUCACAUGUACGACACCUUGGACUAUUCAGUUGAAGAUGUAUUUACAAAUGUUUUUGGUAGACUCGGUAAUCGAUUUCUCAAAGACAGUUCUACUAGUUACUACUCGGCUUCAAGCAACUCAUCUAUGCUCAACCACAAUGUAGAACAUCUGAAUUCAAAGGAGAGGUUGGAUGGGAUCAAUGAACCAAUUAGUAGUAUCAAUAGAAGUUGCACAUUUAGACCUUUAAAAAGCCAAUUAGGCACGUUUGGAUCAUCUGCAAUAUUUCCAAACUUUAAAACAUUUCGGACUAAUACGGGCGACUUUUUUUUAUCGCACAAUCAGGAUUUUGAGGAUUAUGGGGAUUCAUAUGUAAUCAAGACUGAGUUUCCCGGCUAUAGCAAGGGUGAUAUUUCUGUUAAUGUAAACGGGAAGUAUUUAGAAAUCGUAGCUAUGGCUAAGAGUAAUGGAGAAAAUGUUCAGGGUAAUUUGCGCACAUGUUCCAGGUCUGCCAUGUCCUACUCCAGCACUUUGACCAUUCCCCCUGGUGUAAUUUCCAAUUCCAUUACUGCAAGGUAUAGGGAUGGCAUACUAACAGUUAAAUUACCAAAGGAUACUACCGCCAUUGGCGAAUAUUAA